ACGGUUCGCCAAAUUCGUUUAAAUCGCAGCAACGGAAAUGAUCCCUAGAUCUUAUAAAAAUGGUCCGUUAUUCUUAUUUUGUAAGGAAAAAAUUACCUUGAGAACAUAAAUAAUUUUAAUAAAAAAUAUGCAUGCCAAUAUUGUCUGAUCAUUUUUGCUAAUUUUAUCAUGAAUCUGAUUGGAUUAGCUUCAAAAAUGUGGUUAAUAUACAAUCGAUAGUAAACAAAUCGAUUUCGUCUCGAGAGGAGAAGAGGAUGGUAAUAAUUUGUUGAUAUGUUGAAUUUGGCGCCUUUUACCGUUAUAAAAUUGACAGACAAAUAAAUAGUUUAAUUAAAGUGAUUUUUCUUGUAUGCUAGUGACAAACCUGCAUCCUCUAUGUAUUUUAAACAUGUUCGCUUAUACAAACGUCACGCAAACAUAAAAAAGUCCAGGAGAAAAGUAACCUUGAGUCAUUUUGAUGAAGCUCUCCGAUGUUAUGCUUUAAUCAUCAAAAUGGCGCGCCUCCGGUUCCCUGGUCGGCCAGGGCAAAGAAUUGGAAAAAAUUAUAUAAAAUACAUUUAUGAUGAUAUCAAAAUGCCCAUUGAAACAUGUGUGUCAGUGCACAAUAAAAUAGAAGUUGGAUUAAAACUCUUCCAUGAAUUAUUUGGAUACUCUGACGAGGAAGAAGAUUUUGAAGGAUUCACCUCUGAUGAUGUGGCGGAAGCAGAAGCUGCAUUGGCACUCAAACUUACUGAGAAACAAGCAGUGCAACGUUACUUGUCGUCCACUAGUGAUCCACCAUCAGGAGCGUCAGAUAUUGAAAAAUUAUUUUCUGCUACUGAUUCUGAUGCAUCAAGUACAUCAUCUAUUCGACAAAAAAGAGGAAUGCGGGACAUUGUGCGCAAGUCUUAUGACAAAAUGAUCAAAGAAGGACUUUGUAAAUCUGUAAAUAAUAAUAGUGUAGCUAAGGAUAAAGUAAAUGUAACUCUUAAAAACCCUGUAAAAAGUGACAAUCAGACUUGUACAGAUCUUGAACACUGUUCCAAACAAAUUGCUAUUGUAAAUAAUCUACAACCAACUGGCAACAAUUUCAAUUCUGAUGCUUCAAAUGAUUUACCUACUACAUCACAGAAAAAAUCUAUUGUAAAGCGCUUGUUAGAAAAUGUUAAAACAGCCAAAACAAGGGGUAGGCAUAAAAAAGUAAUGCAACCUAAUGUUAAAAAGAAAUUAAGAAGACAUUUUGGAUAUUCAUCAAAAAAACAUUCUCAUUUAAAGAAGAGGCUAAUCUCAUCAACUGUAAGGGAUCAUAAAAGCACUUUGAGGAACAGAACCUUCCCGAAAAAUAGAUCUGCAUUUCCCAAAACUAGUCAUGGUUUUGAAGGUUCAUCUCCAGAUAACUCAAGCGUAAAAAUUAUGAAAGAUGAAACUAAACUUCGAUCAAAAAGAACUAGGCAGCCUGGUGUUAAAAAAUUUGUACUUCCGCCAAGAAGUGCUAGAUCUUCCAGGAAAAUUAUUCCACGUAAAAGGUAUGCAGAUGAUGCUGAGAUGGGUCUAAAAAGAGAAGAUGAAGAAAGUCAGUGCUCUAGGUCGUCAUUUAGUGGUAGUUCAGAAACAACUUCAGCUAUGGAUGGUGGUAGCAGUCCUGAUGACUCUCAAAAUGAAGAUAUGUCUGAACUGAAAUGUAAGGGGAAGAAAGUAGGUUUGUUAGAUAGACCUCUUGUAGUUGAGGGUAAAAGACCUUGGAAACCUAGUCUUAAAGUUCAAAUGAAAUUAUCUGAAAUGAAUUAUGAACAUCCAUUUGCUCUUAAAAAAAGUGGAGAUGGAAGUUCUGGCACCAAUACUUCAUCUGGGUCUUUCAAAGAUAUUAUUAAACCUGAUAUGGUUAGCAAGUAUGCCGAGAAAAUGGCUCAAAAACCCAAAGAAAAACCAGUAAAACCUCUUGAAAGCUUCAAAAAGUAUGUACCUCAGUCUGCAAGAAAUGACGCUGGCCACUCUGAGAAAGACUGUGAUGAAAGUGAUGAUAAAAAACCAGAAGAUAAAUUGGAAAAAGUAGCUGCUAAAAUUGAAAAACUUUUAAAAUCACAAUGGGAAGGUCGAUUAAAAGAUUCCACUGUACAACCUAACAAUUUGUCAACAAAUUUAGUAUCUGCAGUAACUCAGUGGAAAAAUGAGCAUCACCAACGCUCAAGUAAUCAACGAAGGACUAAAAAUAUUAUCCGCAAAGCACGCUUACAAUUAAAGAAGAAAAACUUGAACCUUAGAACUCGUAAGUUAGUUAAGGACUCCAGUGAAGUUGUUGCCGAUGGUAAAGUAAAUUCAAAGACUGCAAAAAAUAUUGCUGAUCCAGUUAUAUCAGUUUCAACUGAUCCAAAAGAAGUGCCUUUGAAAAGUGCCCCUCUUUCUCAAGAGCCAAACUUGAAUGUUGGAUGUGCUGUGUGUGGAUUUUGUAAGAUUUUCUCUAGUACAGAAAAACUAUAUGACCAAGUAGCUUGUGAACCUUGCAAUAAAUUUUUUGAAAGUUUUGCGAAGUCACCUAAACAGUACUUUUGUUUGAAAGAAGGAAUGUGCUGUAUUGAUUGCUCAAAAGAACCAUCUCGCAAAUUAUUAAACGCUAGAUGUAAAGCCUGUUGGAUAAAAAUAUGUAUGGAAAAAUUUACAGUUUCUACACUCUUAAGAAGUCAGCUAAUCAAAUAUGUGCCACGAUUAGAUAGUCCACCUCAUAAUCCUCUAGUCAAAGAUACCGUUGCCUUUUUGCAAGACCCUGUAACAUUUACAGAUUUAGCAAGAUUUGCUGAAGGGGAGGAAGAAAGUGAUCAUGAGAAUCCUACGGAUAAACCUCUUCCGCUAUCCAUUGAUGCAAAAUUACCUGUUACUAGUGCAAAACAAUCAACGAACUUCAUAAGAGAGACAAGAGCUCGCACCAAACGUGCCUCUGAAAGUGCUGCUAAAGAUCCAAAACUGACUGAGGGGUCUGGCAAUGUUCCAUCACCAGUAGUCGAAGAUGCAUCAUUGUCAAUGAAAGUUUCAAGUGAUAUUUCAAGACAUAGUGUUUUAAGUUUGGAAAAAAAUCUGUUAAAUCAAAGCUCACAUAAAAUUGGUAUGGUAUCUGAAACACCUCAAAGCCUUAGUUCAGAUGUUACUAGCACAGAAGUUAAGCAGGGUAAAUCAAAUAUAGAAGAAUCUAUAGAUUCUAAAAUAGAAGGAAUACCCCGAGGACCAAGAAUAAAACAUGUUUGCCGAAGAGCUGCUAUUGCUUUAGGGUUACCGAGAGCUACAUUUCCCAAACAAAAUGAACCAAAGGAGGCAUUUAAUUUGAGUGCUUUACCACAAGAAGAAAAACAAAGAAUCCUUGAUGCAGUUCCUGCAGAAGAAACUGUUAAAGUAUCAUCUAUUGAAAUGGUUGCUCCUGAAGUGAAAGUUUCUCCCGUCAAAGUAAAGAAAGAACCAAAUAAACGUAAAGCGCACAAAUCUGUUAAGCUGAAAAACCAGAUGCACUUAGAUUUGUUGAAAAAAUCAUCGCUACUGUUCCAGAAAGAACAAAAAAGGAGAAAGCUGUUAUUAAAAAAAUCUAUGAAACAUUUACACAAACAUUCUUUUAAAAAAUCCCUAAAACUUGGUAGAAGAAGUGAAAUGAAAAAGACACUGAAAUUCUCCUACAAAAGUGCAGUAAAAACUACAUCAGUCAAAAGGUCUCAAAGAACAUCUACUAAAAAGUUGAGAACUGGAAAGUUACGCAAAGUUCGAUGCAAACAGUGUGAAGGCUGCCUGGCAGAUGACUGUGGAAAGUGUGCUUAUUGCUUAGAUAAGAAAAAGUUUGGUGGACCAGACACAAUAAAGCAAGCUUGCAUGUAUCGCCGCUGUUUACGUCCGGUUUUGCCUGCAUCUGAAAGGAAAGGCCCUAAGCAACCAAUAGUUGAAGGUACAAGUAAAGAUAAACUAUCUGGUGAUCAUUCAAACUUCGGAGGUGAUGGACCGUCUGGAAUAGGUCUAAUGCUUACAUCAUCAUCUAGCUCCCCAACUAGCCCUGACAAUAGUAGUUGUGGAUCAAGUUGUAGCUCCUCUUCAACUAGCUCCAGUUCUGGUAGCUCUGGCAGCAGCAGUAGUAGCUCUAGUGGGAGUAGCAGUAGCUCUUCCAGCAGCAGUAGUGACAAUUUAAGUUUAUCUCAAACCAGUACUUUAUGUGACAACAAUAUUAAAACACCAUUUCUGCAUAACUCGACAUUAGGUCCAGAUGUUACUCAAAAUGUUGACUGCUCUGAUGUCAAUGUUGUCACCAACCCAGUUUUUCAAGUCACAAAUCCAGUAUCUUUCUUCAAUGAAGAAUUUAGGAGUGAGUCUGAUUUUGGAGAGUUGGUACAUUGUGGUCUUCCUGAGACAAAUGAAAAGAAACUCUGUAAUGGUACUAUAGUAAACAAAGAAAAUGGAGACACUAUUUUGUACGAGAACUCGUCAAGUAUUAUUCAAUUGAAAAAUGCAAGUUAUACUCCUUCAUUGAUGUAUGAGGCUGCAAUGGGUACUAAUGAAAGUAAUGUUUCUUAUUCUUCCAAUAAUGGAGGAUGUCGAAAUCCUAACUCAAGACGUAACAGCAAUAAUCGUCAGCAAUCGCAAUAUAAUCAGGAUCAGGAUCAGUAUGGCUCGGCUGGCUCUGGAGAUCAAGAUAGCAAUGACGAAGAUGAUGAUGGGAAUGAAGAUAAUUACAAAAAACAUUUUAUUUAUGCUGAUUAUUGGGAAGAUUAUGAUUUCGAAAGGAUAUCUUCUCAAGGAUUUGCUCUAAUAACAUCUCAGCAAGUACCUUUGCCUUGUGUCUGUUAUUUAUGUGGAAGUGCAGGACAAGAAAAGUUAAUUUUCUGUGUAUUAUGCUGUGAACCAUACCAUACCUUUUGUCUUCCUGAAAAUGAUGUGCCACAUGAAGAAAAUAUUGAAAACUGGUGUUGCAAAAGAUGUCAAUCCUGUGCUGUUUGUGGCUUAAAAAGCAAUCUCCUAAAGUGCAAGAAAUGUCAAAAUACUUACCACUCUGAUUGUUUAACUCCGCAUUAUCCAACAAAGCCUUCCAGAAAAAAACGCAUAUGGAUGUGUCCCAAAUGUGUGAAAUGCAAAAGUUGUGGUACUACCUCACCUGCGUCAAGUGGAGGUCCUUUAUGGAAUUUUGACCUGCUGUUGUGUCAGUCCUGCGCAAAAUUAACUGAUAAAGGCAACUACUGUCCCGUUUGCCACAAGUGCUAUGAAGAGAAUGACUAUGAAUCUGAAAUGGUGCAAUGUUUUGACUGUCUUCGAUGGGUUCAUGCUGCUUGUGAUAACAUAAGCGCUGAAGGAUAUGAAAUUCUCUCUUGUCUUCCUGAUAGUGUUGUUUACACUUGUAUUAAUUGUACUGAUGAAGUUGUUCCAACAUGGCGCAAAGCAAUUAAAGAAUAUCUGAAGCAUGGUUUAAAGAAUGUUCUUAACACUCUCAUGGCAUCAAGAUGUGCAAAUCAUCUAAUUAAUCUUGAUCAAUCUUAUCAAAAACGUAAAAUUCCUGAUUACAUGAUGGCUAAGCAAGCUGAAUCUGUGUCGAGAGAUGAGCCUUCCAAUAGAAAAGAGGACGAUAGAAACCCCUUUUUCAUUGAUGAAGUGGCUGAUAGCACUGAUUCAACCGACGUUAAGAGAACCAUUUCUGCCAUCGUGAAAUCAGUUGAUGAUGUCUCAGCUUGUAUGAAAAAUAUGUUGAAUAAGUGUGAGGAAAGCAGUUCUUCAAAGCAUCUCAAUGAAUGUUCUCCCACAACUGUUGAUAAUGUUGUCCAAUCUGCUCCCAAAGAGCGAUCUGAGGAGAAAAAUGUGCUAUUUAAAAAAAAAAAGAGUUCACUGGAUUUAUCUGUAAUCAGGUUUAAUCUUGAUAAGGGAAAAUAUUCAAACAUUGCUUCUUUUUUCGAAGAUGUAUUGUAUGUAAUUGAUGCCAAUAGUAACAUGGGUAAAAAACAUAAUGCCAGUGCAGCCAAAGUACUUCUAACUAAGCAAACAGAAAAAAUAUUUCCUUGGUUUAAAAUUCCAACUUCAAAAGUAUGGACUUCAAAAAGUGAUCUUCCAGAAGGGAUGCUCCCAAAUGCAGUUAUUCCACCUUACGUUGAUCAUACUUAUUCUCAAUAUUUGGAGAGGAGAGAUUAUUUCCCCAAAAUUAAAAAUGAAGUUUUGCCUGAUGCUAGAUUCUGUGUUCUUUGUGGGUAUGCUGGAGAUAGUAAUCCUAAAAAAUGUGGACGAUUGUUGUACUGUGGGCAGGAUGAUUGGAUUCAUCUAAACUGUGCUAUGUGGUCUGCUGAAGUGUUUCAACAACCCGAUGGUUCUCUUCGUAAUGUUUAUCCUGCAAUCUCCAGGGGAAAAUUAAUGCCUUGUGAAUUUUGUAAUCAAGUUGGAGCUACAGUAGGAUGUUGUGUAAGAGGUUGCCCUGCCAAUUAUCAUUUUUACUGUGCUCGAAAAGACGAAGCAGUUUUACAAGAAGAUAAAAAGAUAUUCUGUGCUGUUCAUAAAGAUAAUGUUGAUGAAAGGGUAGUAAAUGAAGAUGAUUUUAUUACCAAUGAGAAAAUUUUUGUUAAUCAGAUCAGCAUUUCUCCUAAGUGGGUUAAAAAUGAGUGGGAGAAUCCUAUGGACAAAGAUUCUUUGAAGAUUAAAAUUGGUUCUUUAACUGUGUCAAAUUUAGGUCGUCUGACACCAUUAUCAAAUGGACCUAAUGUUCUGAUACCUGUGGAUUUUGAGUGCACAAAAUUAUUUUGGAGUACAAAAAAUCCUCGAGUUAGAGUGAAAUAUACUUGCAGAAUAUUUGAAAAGCGUCCUGAAAAAUGUCCUCCAUUGUUUGUGCCAAAUACCACUAUAGUUCAUUCGAUAGGAACUUCAAAAAGUUCUGAUAAAAAAAUAGCUUUAAAUUCUUCAAAUAAAUCAAAUUUUGAAAAAGUCACUGUGUUUCAUGAUGGAAAAUCAUCUAGAAUUGAAUGUGAUAAUUUUGAUGUAGAAAGUAAUGAUGUGAAAAAACUUUUAAAUUACAUUACAAAGAAAGUAGCCAAAAAAGAAAAGAAGUUAAGAAAUCUGCAUGAAUUAAAAGAAUAUGAUUUAUCAAAAUGCUUGGGUCCAUUACUUGAAAAUAAGAAAGAAAAGACUUUGAAUGGUUUUAGGUUUAAUAAUAAUUUAAUUAAUGAGGAAAUGAAAAAAGAUAUCUGUGAUAUGGACAGUAAUUAUAAUAAAAUAAUAAAUGAGUUGGCUAGUAAAAUUAAAAAUAAAACUUUGAAAGAUUGUGAUAUAGAUUAUAUUAAUAAAAAUGACUAUUUAGAUUUUUAUACUAGUCUUUUUAAAAUUAAAUCUAAUUCUGAUAUUCUUUGUGAUGAUAAACUGCAUAUUAAUCAUGAGCUGCUUCAAGAGUUUGUGAAAAAGAAUGGACAUAAAAAGUUUAAAAAACGCUUAAGGAGCUUGUCUUUAGAUGAAAGAUUCAGGUCUAAGGCAAAUAAAGAAGAACUAAUUUCUAAUCAUUCAUGUGCCAAAGAAAAUUGUAAAGAUUUACUUGAUAAUUAUGAAGAUGAUUUUGAUAAGUCCAGUAAAAAAAGAGCAUUUUUGGAUUCAAUUAUUCCAUUAGAUUCUGUAAAUGAAACAGUAUUGCCUGUGUUUAGUGUAGAAGUUAAAGAUAACUCAGGCAAGGCAGAAAGCUCAGGUUACAGCUCCAAUGAUGAUAAUUUAAAACAAUCAGGUAGAUCUUUUAUGCCUGAUAUUUUAAAUAAUAAAAUAGAAAUAGCUCAAAAAGAAAAACCAGUAAAACACAAUUCAAUGCUUCAAAGACUAGAAGAAUGCAGAAGAGCUGGAAAUACUACAUAUAAAAAAGAUUCACAACCAGAUUGGCAAACCAGCUUUUUAAAUUCUAAUCACAGUGUUCAAAAUAGUAAUAUUAUUUCUAAUUGUUUAAAUGGUGUAUGCCAGGAAACAGAACCUUUAAAAUGCAAUAAAUGUAAGAGAAUUUACCGUACAAGUGAAAGCUUUAAAAAACAUUUUGAUGCCUGCAAUUUUGUUAUAGAUUCUUCCUCUUCUGGAGAAGAAUCAGAUUCUAGCUCAUCUAAUGACAGCAUGCAUCAAUCAUCAUAUCUCAAUCACAAAGUACCAAAUCACUGUGAUAUUCAGAAGAAAGAAAAUAGUUCUGAUUCUAAUCAUUGUAUAAUUCCUGCCUGUGAUAAUAAUCAAGACACUAUCAAUAAACCAGCAGAUCCUCUGUUUAAAACAUUCGAUGGCCAAUUAACUGAUAAUGGUCAUAUUAAAGGAUCUAUGCAGCACAGGGUGGAACAAAAAGUGGUUUCAAAAUUGGAUAUGGCUGUUAUGCAAGAUGAUUACCCUGUUCCCAAAUCCUCCACCAUUAUACCCUCAAAUUCUAAUUAUGGAAUCAGUCAGCAAAACUUAGCAACUCAUGAUAUACCCUACCAGUCUAAAUCUAUGGUGCCCCAAAAUACUUUAGUAUCUGCUACAAUUCAGCAAAAUAUUCAAAUUCCUAUAAAUAUUAAUCAGAAUUCUUUAACUUCACAAGGAAUCAUAUCAAAUAUUUCGGUAAAUAAUGCAGCAAUAGCUACUGAAAGUAUAUCAAAUUCUUAUAAUUGCUCAUAUGGAAACACUGCUGUAUGCAACAAUUCAGCUUCUACCAUAAUGCAAUUGCCCUGUAAUACUUUAAUAAUUCCUUCUCCAUCCACCCAUAACACAGUACAUCCACCUACUCCUAUGUAUAGACAAAUAACUAUUCCUCCAAAUAGUUUUGUGCAAACCCCAAUAGAAAUGACACAAAGUUCUCAGCUUUCUUAUGUUGGUUCCAUUACGAUAACAAAUAAUGAGACUAUGUCAAUAGCGGUCAAUGUACCAGAUCAAAUCUUACCCAUGUAUCCUCAGCAAGAUUUGAGUUUUAAUUUAAUUCAUAAUCCUCUUCAGUUACAACAAACUUCUGAAAUUCAUCUUUCAAGUGUUAAUGUACAACAGAUAUCACUUCAGAGUUCUUACCAAACCCCUUCGAUUAACCAACUAGUGUUUCCUCAGCAGUCUAUCAAUAUACCUCAAAAUCAAGUUAUGUUUGUGGAAGAGCCCUUAACCCAUCAAUUAUCUGCUCCUCAAGCUUCAAACUAUAUUAUCCAGGUUCCUAUGGAGCAAACUCAGAAUUGUUCUUUUAAUACAUUUGUUCAACAACCAGAAUAUCAUCAAGUAGUUAACCCAAUUUCUUUUGAUUCUAAUUCUCAAACUGUAACCAGCUCUUUACCACAAAAUGUCUUCCAGGAGCAAAAUAAUCUUCAACAGUCAGAAGCUCCUCCUCAUUUAGAGCCUGCUGUUACACCUCAAAACUUUAAUAUAAAUAAUUGUGCAAGCACCAAAAAACAACCCUCCAACAUUGUGAGACCAAUAUCAAGCCAGGCUCCUAGCUUAGCCAAAGUGAUAAUGCCUAGUAUGACACCUCAUGCGUCUUCACCGGGCACUUCGGAUUUCAGUGAAAGGUCGUCUCCUGUUUCAGAAAAAUCUUUCAGUGAUCAAAAUUGUGUCAACAAUAUUUCAUCCAACAGCAAUAUUAUGGAAAUUCUAAAAAAAGCUGCUGAACAGAUGUUAAAUAUGUCAUCUGAAAAAUCAAAACAUAAUGCAUCUUCAUCGCAUUCAUCAUCAAAUAUUGCAGCCGAGAAGAAAACACGCUUUGCCCAUACUCGGAAAGUAGCAGCUCGGAAAGCUGAACAGAUGAAAAGAAAAAAUCCUGUCUUGAAUGGAAAUGUGAAACCUGAAAAGAAGCCUAAAAGCAUCCAAUUCAAUAUUGCUGCUUUGAAACAAGCUUUUAUGCCAUUUUUGGUUGCUCCAGUUGCAAAAGAUGAACCAAAUCCAGUACCAGUGAAAAAUGAGAUUUCAAACUCUUCACUUGAUGUACCUGUUGAAACAAACUUACCACUUCACUCAGAUAUUCCCAUUGAACCAAAUUUGUCCCUCCCAUUAAAUACCCCUGCUGAGCCUCAAAAAUCAGGUGCUCAUCUGCCAGAGGAAGAUUCUGAUGUUUACUCGUACAAUGAGGAAUCUGAUGACGACUCCCCACUGCUCAAGUUACAUAUGCAAGAAAUAGAAAGAAGGGAGAAAAGAAAAAGCCCCUCUCCUGACAAACCUUACCUUAUGUAUGAAAUAACAAGUGAAGAUGGUUUUAAAGUUCAAUCAAAGAAUAUUCGAGAUGCUUGGGAGAGGGUUUAUGAAGAACUUCAAGAUGCUCGUAUUGCAGCUCAUAUGGACCACAAAACAGUUUCUCCUGAAGAUAUAAAUGGAUUUCAUUUAAUGGGAUUAGAUAACUCCGCUCUCUUAUAUCUCUUGGAGCAACUACCAGGUGCAAAACAGUGUCCGGAUUAUGAGUUCCUCUUCCACCGACCAACAAAAGAUCAAUUUGAAGUUCCAGAAAACCCAACAGGCUGUGCUAGAAGUGAAUGCUUAAAACUUAGGUCAGAUUAUGAUAUGUUUAAUUUCUUGGCAUCAGAGCAUCGUAGUAGACCUAUGUUCGUACCACCUGAGGAGGAAGAUGAAGGAACUCAAAAAUCUUCCAGAAGAGCAACCAAUAUAGAUAUUCCAAUCGCAAUGCGAUUUAAAAGCUUAAAGUCAGUAGCUAGGGAAACUGUUGGUGUUUUUCGAUCGAGUAUUCAUGGUCGAGGACUUUUUUGCAAAAGAACUAUUGAUCCUGGCGAAUUGGUUAUUGAAUAUGCUGGUGAAGUUAUUCGAUCUAUUCUUACAGAUAAAAGAGAACGCAUUUAUCAAAGCAAAGGCAUUGGAUGUUACAUGUUUAGAAUUGAUGAUGAUGAAGUUGUGGAUGCAACAAUGCAUGGCAAUGCUGCUAGGUUUAUCAACCACUCCUGUGAACCCAAUUGUUUUUCAAAAGUAAUAACUGUGGAUGGAAAGAAACAUAUUGUGAUCUUUGCCCUCAGGAAAAUUAUGAAGGGAGAAGAAUUGACCUAUGACUACAAGUUUCCAUUUGAGGAUGAGAAAAUACCUUGUCACUGUAAUUCUCGAAGAUGUCGAAAGUAUUUGAACUAGUUCAAUUACCUUUAAAUGCUGUGUGGCAGCUUAAAAGCAUGCGAAAAUGUUUCUAACUGUGAUAAUUUAUUCUUGUUUUAUGUAGCCUAGCUUUUUAUUAUUUUUAAGUAUCAAAAGGUGCUGUUCCUCAUUAUCAUAGAAUAAUAAAAAUGUAUUAUAAAUUAUUGUAUAUAAUAAUUAGAAAUUGAACUUUUUAUUAUUGUAAAUAAAAUUGGAUUUUAUAUUU